GCCAUCUGUGAAGGUCUCAUAGUGCAACUGCAACUUAUUCUUCAAUUUUAAUUACAGAAUACAAACAUGUGAAGCUUGAAAGAGAUGAAACUGCGACUGCCAAUGUGCAUAAAAAAAGAAGAACUACUCAAGAACUCCCUCCUUUCGUUGGUGUCAGAUGCCUACAAUGGUUUCACUUUCACAUAUAGUGGGGAAAUAUGGUAGUUGCCGUAAAUAUUUUACCUGCAUAUCAUUUUAGCUCAUUCUAUAACAACGAUUUUCUCAGAAAGAUUGUGAUUCACAUCUUUCUCCGUUAGUGCACGCAUUUCUAGUUCCAGUGACUCACAUCUUUCUCCUUUAGUGCACGCAUUUCUAGUUCCAGUAACUGAUGCGAUUAUUUCGUCAUUGUUUUCCGUAUCCUCAUAUCACAAAACCAUGUACGUGACGGUUAGUAUUGAGUACUGGAAGUCUUUGAUCAUAGAGGUGAAGGACGCAACUGCGUGCCCGUAGACGUCAGUUUUAAAGUUCAUUGCUUGGUUGUAGUUGGUGGUAAGACUUUGCAGUGAGUGACAGUCACGGAGAACGGCAAACAUAAUGAGUGAAAAAGAAGCUUGUGUUGUGAGCAUAUCGCAUUGGGAUACAUUGCGAAUACACGCAAUAUCGUGUAUUAUUGGCAGCUGGGUUGUUUUCCGAAGACUCGUCAGAUCAUUAUGGAGCCCAUUAAAUCUAAAUCUACAGGAUAGAGAGAAGCCUCCUCAAUGCCUGGUUGACUCUUCACUGGGGCAACAUUCGUAUAUAAAAGUCAAAGGUGCCAAACUACAUUAUGUAGAAGCUGGUUCACGAAGUAAGCCGAUGCUUUUGCUCUUGCAUGGUUUUCCUGAUUGCUGGUUAACAUGGCGAUACCAGAUUCCAGCACUCGUAAAGCAUUUCAGGGUAGUUGCUCUCGAUCUUAAGGGAUUUGGUGACUCAGAUAAGCCAGCCUGGAGGAGGAGCUACCGUGUUGACACAUUACUGGCAGAACUGAAGGAACUGAUAACAGCUCUUGGAACCUCAAGCUGUACAGUUGUUGCUCAUGACCUUGGCGCAUUAUUAUGUUGGUACCUUGCACACCAAUACCCUAAUAUUGUUGAAAAAUUUGUGUGCAUAUCGUGUCCUCACCCAAAUGUUUACUGGAGUACAGUUCCAAGAGAGAGUGUUUUCAACUCGAGCUGGAUCAGUUUCAGUCAGCUUCCUUACUUACCAGAAACAGAAGCCUUAAGAAAUGGUCUGAGCAUAAUCAAUCAGCGAUACCCUCAUCUUCAAAAAAAGAGUGAUGCAGAUGAUUAUCUUGUAGCAAACAAAUAUGCUUUCUCUAGGAAAGAGGAUUGGACUGGAGCCAUCAACUAUUUCAGAAACCUGCCUUUUCAAAGAAUAAGUCCUGUCUGUGAACCAGUGAAGGCACCGUGCAUGUUCAUUACUGGCAAUCAGGAUCCGUGUCUCACUCUGGAAAGUAUUGUCACAUCAACAGAGUUCACAGAAAAAUUCCUUGUAAAAAUUGUAAAUGGAACUGGACACUAUCCUCAUCAAGAGAAGCCUGAAGUGGUCAACAAAAUGAUAAUUUCAUUUCUUAAUGUUAGUGAAUCUCCAGAGAAAGUGGAUAAACCUGUUCAAAAAGGUCUGAUGGACCGCAUGUUUGGAGCAGUCGCAUCUACUGUGAAAUAUGGAAAUCAAAUGUUUGAUGUUGUUCAGAAGACUAGUAAUAUAGUACCAGGAUUGCAGCGAAAAUCUUCAGUACUGGGACAGAGUGCUAGCUGAUAACACCAUUAAAAGUAAAAGAAUAUGGGUUUUCCAGGUUCCUUCAGAAAUCUGGUGGAAAGUCUGAUCUUUUGUUAACUACAUGAGACACAUAGUUCACUGUUCAUGUAUCUUUUGUAGUUGUUUUACAUUGGCCUGAUAUGUAGAACAUUGGAGUCAAAUCUUCAUUUUCUUAUAAUAUUUUAUACAAGGAGUAUAUUUGUAUGGCAACUGAUAUUUAUUUUUUAGAACACUUUUUGUACAAAAUAUUUUUUUAGUAAAAUGUGCGGGAUGUAACAUUGGUGUAAAGACUGAAAUUGUAAGAAUUUAUUCUUGCUGAGUAGAAAAAAUUAUGCAGUGUGUACUGUUCAUUCCAUGUCACAGUGGUAAUACCUAUAAAUUUUAGUUGCGACAAAAACUUAAAUAUUUCUUUUUGUUGAGACUAUUCAGUAAUAAGGUGCUAAUUUGUACAUAGACACGUUAUAUAUUUUAUUAAAUUAUUGAAACCAAAGGCUGUUUAAAACUGCAAAACUGUUCAAUAAGCUUUACUGCAAAUUGUUGUCUUCUGCAAUGCAGAUGAUGUAUCUAUUUUUUUUGUUAAUAAAUGGGAAUUUUUCAUAAAAA